CACACAAGCAAGCACCCCAUAAUCUAAUUUUCAUAAACGCGUGCAACCUUGCAAUAAACGCGUUCCUAAGUGGUGCGUGAGGGCAGAUCCAAUAACGCACCGCCUCAAAGUGGAGAAUUUUUAUGGAAAUGCACGGGAUGUUCUGAAGGAGAAAGGUUAUCAUUAUUACCAUCAACAUUAGAUGACACUUGACAAGCAUUUUCGAAUCGGAUCGGUGGAUGCAAAUAGAAGGAUAAGUGUCCCUUCAAACAAUGGCGUACAUGCCAUCACCAUCAGCUCCGCCACCUCAUUAUGCAGCAGCAACAUCUUCAUCGGGUAGUGCAAGUAUUGAAGCAGAUUUAAACACUUUUUUCGACAUCGUCCCGCAAGCAGAUCAAACUUCAUUUCAAGUUGGCUAUCUAGGCUUGAAUGGAUUCCGUGCGUGGAUAAAAGGAGAUGUUUUGAUCAAACUAGACAAUCAGAGUAGGUCGCAUGAUCAGGCGUACAAGGAAUGCACAAUCUCAUUGCAUGCUAUCGAAUCUGAUCGGGAUCAAAGCAUAACAAUCUUUUCAGAAACGCUAACCUUAUGGCAAGCAAAUGGGAAAGGCAAUGCAGCAUCCUCGAGCUCAAGCGGUGCCGAUAACACGAUUCCGAGUACUUUACCAUUUGUUUUCUCGUUAACGGGUGAUCUUCCACAUUGCAUACAUCUUUCGUCCAGCUCUCUCGAAUACAGACUAGAAGCAACUUUGCGUUCGUCUGAUACCAGCAAUCACCCUGAUGCUUUUCGAUCCACACAAGUGCAUUUGACAAGGUAUACAAGGCCAGGACCAUUGAGGGAUAUACCCGAACACAAGGAUGGUUUGUCGCCAUACACUUGGAACGUGGAUUCACCCACUAAGAUGAUGAUUCAGCUACAAAAGACUUUAUUACGACGUGCAGACCCGAUAACAGUCUUUGUGCGCAUACCGCCUCCCGAAAGAAAAAUUGAAUCGCUCAGCUUACGAAGUGCGGAAGCAAACCUUGUACGAAUAAUCACAGCAAAGGGGACAGACACCAAACAUGAACUCUUGCUGGCGCAUAGCGGAAAACUUUGUCGCUUCAAUUCAACCAGGGCCAUCAUAUUACGAUUACAGCUUCAUCCGCCAUUUGAUGUGAGCAAUAUGCCAUAUCCUCAUCCUGAUCAUGAUGCCGCUCAAGGUGGACCGAUUCUCGGCAGAGGAGGAGGCGGAGGAUGUGAAAGUGUUACCCAAGAUACUCUAUUGCACGAUGUUCACUUUUUCGUUCGUGUCCUGAUAGCACUGCGCUCGGAUGAAGGAGACAGACAAGAUGUUACUCUUGAGCGCGAGAUUGUCAUCUUGCCAGGUGCUGCAGGUAACGAGGAGACAGAUUCAGAUGAUGUUGGGAAAGUCACAUCGAAAGAAGAAGCAGAAAGCAAAGGACAUGGAAAAGCGGGAGAGUGGGUAGCACAGCCGUUGCCUCAAGAUGGUCCAAGUACAUCAACUUCCGCUGCACCGUUUGUUGUGCAUGAAUAUGAGGAAGAAUAUGAUGGAUAUGAAGAUGUUGGACGAUCACUCACAGAUGACGAAGACGAUAAUCAAGCUCGCAGAAUCAUUGAUGAAGACGGACCACCUCCAACGUUGCUGGAAAGUCAAAACGAUUUACAGGUUGAGGUGGAAGUAGAAGGUGUCGGUGCAGGUGUCCUUCGCGAUGCUCACUCUGAACGUGCCGAUCUCCCACCAUCGAUUCCGGGAGAUUAUGUCUGGCGAUCUGAAGAGGUGGAAGGGGCACCACCUGAGCAUGAAGAUCUACCUCCUCCUCCCCCUACUCCGCCUCCAGAUAUGGACGAAGUGGAAACUUCUGGCGAGCUUCAUGGACAGCAUGAUCAAAGUGCUGGUACUUCUGGUAUACCUUCGAGCUUCAACCCUCCACCCUACAUGCCUUCGACAUCUUCCAGUAGGAGCGCUUUAUCAUCCUCAACAAUUAGAAACUCCGCCUCCAGCGAGCAUGUGCUAGUAGCAGCACCAAGUCCUCCCCAAAGUAGACCUUCAGCGUCUUCACGACAAUCAGCUGAAGAGAAUUUUCCUCCUGCAUAUACCCAUCCACCACCUUCACCUUUUCCCUCUCACCAGCAUCCUCCUAGCUAUGAAGCUUGAGAAUUACACUACGAUCAUGCACAAUUGUAUUAUAGAAAAUCAACUUUGAGAUC